AAGUUUUUUAGUGUGGGUUCGCCUUAAAGUGAUAUUAGAUUUCAUUUGCAAACAAGUUAUUUAUUUUUACCAUUCAUUUACUCAUUUACUUUAUGUUUAAGCGAUAUUGUGUUGAAACAAAUGCUUAAAAAUUCUAUAAUAAAGAAUAUUCUUUUCAAAUAAAAAUUUUGUUUCAGUUAUUCACCACAUAUUAUAACUGAGUUUUAAUAAGAUGUCAGAAUUGGAGUCAGAGUCGGUGCCCAUAUCAGGUCCGACACGUGAGGAACGCAAUCGUUGGCUGUUUGACUGUAAACGAUGUUUCGGUAAAUUUGAGACUAAACAUGCAUUGGAGGAACACCUAAAAAGACGACUGUUUAAGUGUCCGUUUCGUUGUAAAGCAUCGUUUGUUCACAAGGAUGAGCUCAAAACACACGAAAAAGUUUGCACUAAUCGACUGAAAAAUAGUUCAUUUGAUUGCUAUAAAAUCUAUAACAUGAUUAAUCUACGUCACAGUUUAACGCCAAGGAAACGGGAAAAAUGUCUGCCCGGUCUUAACUUAUGGGUUAGAUAUCCCUAUUGGUUUGAUAGACCAUUGAUUGACAACUUGGGACUACCCGUACCUAUCAAUAGACUGCUUUACGAGGAAAGUGCUAUCAAUAAUAAGAUUCUCAAAAAUCAAUAUCUCAAAUAUAAUACAAUUCAAUUGUAUAAAAAAUAAUACUGUAAUUAAUUAUUUGCUAAACUAUUAUUGAUGUUAUGGUGUUAUUGUUUUUUAUUAUUAUUAAUAUUAUUA